AUGAAAUCAUUCUUAAAAGUUUUAUUCAUUUCACUUGCGGUUAUUUCAAGUGUCUUUGCUUUCCCUGCAGAAAGGAAUUCGAAAGAAAUCCAUGUUUCUUCACCAGGACCUGGCCCAUGGGCGGUUGGUAGCACCCAAGCUUGCAAGAAAGUUGUCGUUGAGAUUAAAUCAAAAAGUAGCGACAAAGUUUGCUGGACUGGAGAGAAAGAAUGUGGUGUUGGUACAAUAGAUUUUAAGAUCGGCAGCGAUUGGGACACUAAGGAAUCUUAUUACGCUUACGUUUAUCUCAAAGAAGAUAAGUCAUGCAAUGGUAAAGGCGGAGAAUUUAAACUUAUUAGUUCUUAUAGUUACGGAUACGGAGAAAAGAAGGAAGAUUAUUACUCAAGCGAUAAGAAGGAAGAUUCUUACUCAAGUGGUAAGAAGGAAGAUAAGAAGGAGGAUAAGAAAGAGGACAAAAAAGAGGAUAAAUCUUAUUCUUCUUAUUAUUAA